UCCACCCCCCCUCUCGUCCCGAGAUCAAAUGACAAUAGACAUAAAGCACUCGCACAGACACUAGCAUUCAUUUGUCUCUGCUUUCUUUUUAGCUUUCCUUAUUCCUGGAUAGAAGUAGAAGCGGCCAAGCCAUCACUGUUUUGGAAGAAUUGUAAAUGCCUACCAAGUUUUCACGUCCCUCAUAAAACAAUAAGCAACCAAGCGUGAUUGUUAGCCUUCGUUUGACAGAGAAAAAGAAGCAAGGGAAACAUAUUAUAUAAUUCAAAGACAAAGAUAGUGAUUCUUGGUUUCAUCGUAGAUAUGAUGAGUUGGAAAUACAAGGGAGGGUUGCUUCUCAUCGUCAGUGUUGUGAUCAUGUGGGUCACUUCUGCAGAAGUCACCCAGGGUGUCUUCAGAGAAUACAAGCAGCCAUUUGCAGUGGCAUAUCUUGCAACCUCUCUAUUGGUAGUUUAUCUUCCAGUUGCAUUCAUUAAGGAUUGCUUAGUAGAAUUUCUGAGAUGCCACCGUUGUAAAAGUGUAGAUGAUGCAGAAACUGUGGAUGAGACCUCUAUGGAACUUGAUUCUACUGCAAAACAAAAUGCGAAGCAUAGUAUUUUUGAAAUUGAACAUCAGGAAAAGCUAGGGAAAGAAGACUCUUGCAUAGAUGUUUAUUCUGAGGACGUAAAACUUAUAGUUUCUGAAUCUGCAAAAAAUAUAGACACACUGAAGGAUGACAAAAAGAUUACUACAAAGGAAAUAGCUAAAUUUGGAUUUUGCAUUGCUCCUCUCUGGUUUUUUACUGAGUAUCUAAACAAUGCUGCCCUUGCACGAACAACCGUUGCCAGUACAACACUGAUGUCUUCAACUUCAGGACUUUUCACUCUUUUAAUUGGUGCAUGUCUGGGUCAAGAAUCUAUAGAUAUCGUUAAAGUAAUUGCUGUUGUUGUUAGCAUGGCUGGUGUUGCCAUGACCACAUUGGGGAAUGUAUCAGCCACAGAUGAAUCACAGUUAAGCACACUUAAAAAUGGGAAGCAUUCGCUUCUGGGUGAUCUUUUUGCUAUUCUGUCAUCUAUUACUUAUGGACUGUUUACCGUGCUUCUUAAGAAGUUUGCUGGAGGGGGUGGAAGGGUAGAUGUGCAAAAGUUAUUUGGCUCUAUGGGAUUAUUCACGCUUGCUGCUCUUUGGUGGCUCAUGUGGCCUCUUACUGCUAUGGGCAUUGAACCAAAGUUCAAAUUCCCCACCUCUGCUAAAGUGGAAGAAGUUAUUCUUAUCAAUGGUUUUGUUGGAAGUGUUCUCUCAGACUAUCUCUGGGCAUUAGGUGUUGUUUGGACCUCACCACUUGUAGCAGCUCUAGGUGCUUCGCUUACCAUCCCUCUUGCCAUGAUGGAGGACAUGUUGAUUCAUGGACAGCACUAUUCAAUAAUUUAUAUUAUUGGUUCAGCUCAGGUAUUCCUUGGCUUUGUAGUAGUUAACCUUUCAAAUUGGUUCUCACAGAAGUGGUAUCAGUAUCAAAAACCUUGAGUUCACCAGGAAAAAUAUUGCUUCUCAUAUUCUCUCCUUGGACGUUUCUUUCUUAACUUUGAUGAUGCAUGGCCUAUGGACUGCCUUUUUUUUUGUCCGUAUAUUAUAGGCCUUAUUAUGAAAGAAAAGAUAAUUGUUCACAAGAUGCAACACAAAUUCGAAAUCUGGCCAUCCAGUUUCUUGGCUUGAUUGACGAAGACACGACUCCAAAUAGAGUGGAAUUGCUGCAGUGAGAUGUUGUUAAAGUUUUCUUGUUCCUUGGGUUUGAAGAGACUUGUCUUUGGCCACUUAUUACUCUAUAUGUACUCCAUAAGAUUUGUACUGGACUGAUGCAAGGAAUUAUGUGUAUGAUGUAGCUUGAUCUGCAUUGCCUUAAGACUAUUGCAGAUUGAUCGGUAAUGGGAGCAAAGGUAGAUAAUUUACCAAGGAAAGAAUGCGCAAAAGCAAAUAAGUAUAGAAGUUGUGAAUUAGGGUGGGAGCAUGGUGAUAGUGGCAAUGCAAUCAUUAUCUGCUUCUCUCAUAAUAAAAUACUUUUUAUUGU